AUGAGAGUGGCCCGGGCUUACUGGACUGGCGAGGUUGCGAAUAUCCAAUACCAUUCCGGAUCCCAACCUGUCAAAGAAUAUGGUAGGACCUACCACAGCUAUGGCGAAGGGAAAUACUAUCUCCCAAACGAUGCACAUAAGCUAUGGGCCUUGAUGUUCAAAGGGAAACUACACCUGGCGCCACUCACGAGCCCGACGGCCAUUCUCGACGUAGGCGCGGGCACAGGCAUCUGGGCCAUGGAAGCCGCCAGAACAUAUCCAAAGGCCAAAGUGCUCGGCACAGAUCUAAGCCUCAUCCAGCCUUCCGAGACACCGCCCAACUGCUCUUUCUCCAGGGCAGAUGCCGAGGCCGCCUGGCCCUUCCAGAGGCACUUUGACUUCAUCCACCUCCGUGCGGUAUGCACCUGCUUCUCGGAUCCCAAGGGUGUCAUGCAAAAGGUCUUCGACAACCUCAAGCCCGGCGGCUGGUGCGAAUAUAACGACUACGUACCGGAAUGCGUGGCUGCCCCUGGGGCAGAGAAGAUCCUGCAGGACUCUGCCUUCCCAAAGUGUGUCAGCCUCUUUGCGCAGGGUCUUGCCAAUGCUGGUAGGGACCCCUUGGUUACACUCAAGUACAAAGAGUGGAUGGAGGAGAUUGGGUUCACGGACGUCGUGCAGAAGCGCGUUCUUUGCCCGAUUCAAUAG